AUGUUUUCUGCCAGGGAUUAACUUAGCUUUUCAAGAAAAACUAUGCAACACUUUUCAAUCGCCUCUUAAAAACCUAUUAGAUAUGCAACCUAGUACUGUGGGGAUGCUGAAUAUUCAUCUUCAAUUUUCAAUUCUGAUUAUGAAUUACUAAGAACAAAAGAAAAAUAUAAAUAAAAGUGUGAGGAAAUAGAUAUGAAGAAAAAUCAAUUAAAUUCUGAUCAUCUAGAUCUCGAAUUUAGAGCUGAGGUAUCAUUUACUUUCCUAUGUAGAAACUAAGGUAAGGAGAGAAUGAGGUUAAGUAUAUGGCUGAACUUCUAAAAAAAAAGCUUAAAUAAAUUAAGCAACAAGAAUAAUAAAUAAAG